UGCUGCCAACUUGAACAUGCUGUGUUGAAUAAAUGACAUUUCCUCUUUCCGGCUAACGCCAUUGUCAAACACGGUUGUGUGAAACGUAAAUAACACUCAUGUCGGAGGUCGAAGCAUUUGAAAGUUUUGAGGGCGACAAUGUCCAGCCUCAAGUUUUCGAUCAGGCUCCAAUCGUACAGCCAGCAGAGCUUCCGGACAUAAAGCUGUUCGGUCGCUGGAGUAGCGAUGACAUCCAUAUUUCGGACAUUUCCGUUUCGGAUUAUAUUGCAGUUAAGGAGAAGCACGCUAAAUAUCUUCCCCAUUCGGCCGGUCGAUACGCAGCGAAACGUUUCCGCAAGGCCCAGUGUCCCAUCGUUGAGCGUUUAACCAAUUCGCUGAUGAUGAAGGGACGUAAUAACGGAAAAAAAUUGAAAGCUGUUCGAAUCGUUCGCCAUGCGUUCGAAAUUAUGCAUCUGCUAACUGGGGAGAACCCGCUACAGAUUGUGGUCCAGGCCAUUAUCAAUUCGGGACCACGCGAGGACUCUACUCGUAUUGGUCGUGCCGGUACCGUGCGUCGGCAGGCCGUUGAUGUUUCGCCUUUGCGUCGCGUUAAUCAGGCUAUCUGGCUAUUAUGCACAGGUGCUCGGGAGGCUGCAUUCCGUAACAUCAAAACCAUCGCCGAAUGUUUGGCGGAUGAAUUGAUCAACGCUGCAAAGGGUUCCUCUAAUUCGUAUGCUAUCAAGAAGAAGGAUGAAUUGGAGCGUGUUGCCAAAUCGAAUCGAUAAUCAGUUUCGUCAUGGUGGUGGGAGACAACCGGGCGAUACCGUUUCAUCCAUCCAACGACAGCAUUUUGUCAAAGUAUCGCUCGUAUUGGGACUGGUUUCUAUCUCCCCCAUAAUUCGGCACGUUCCACAACGUGUGUUAUCUUGGGCGCAAUUGCGAUUCCAUCAAAAACAUAAUAUUCACCACUAUGAUUCUGUUGCGCUUUAGAAUGUGAAUAAAAGAAGUGAAAAAACGGGAAAAUUGA